AUGGGUCACAGCCCUGGACAGCAUAGCAUAAGCAGCACCGUGACCUUUAAUAAUGGUAAUCCUCCACCUGACAGCCAGUCGAAAUUCAAUUGCCCCAGUGCUGGAAGUGUUCGUCACAAGCGCAUGUCAUGGCUAACAAUCACCAUCUUGGUGCUUGCUUUUUAUUCUACCGCUCUGUCUGGGUUGUAUAUGAUCGUUGCCUUUAUUAAACCCCGGUAUGGGAGCAGGAUCGGGAGGGGUGGACUUGCCCCUGAUACGGCGUCUCUUUUAAGCGCGCUAUUUGCCAAAACCAUAGAACUGUCUUUUGUCACUGUUUUCGUCGCCUUUAUAGGUCAAGUCCUGAGCCGAAGAGCACUCUCUAAACGAGCAACAGGAAUAUCCAUUGCGGAUAUGUCGAUGCGCGGCUGGAUUAUGCAGCCAGGAAGCCUGAUAACACAUUGGCAGCAUGUCAGACACUCUGGUCUUACUAUUAUUGGGAUGAUAGCCCUGACAACCACAUUUAUGGCGUUGCUAUAUACGACUGCUGCUGAUGCCUUAGUAUCACCGAAACUUAGUUACGGCCCAGAAGAGAUCAAGGAUUUCACUGGCACAGUGAAAACGAAGUUUGCAAACGUGCCGUAUCUAUUAAAAAAUUGUUUAACUCCAAUCCCCAAAGAUGAUGAUCCAGUAUAUGGCGCAGGCACUUGUCUUCAGCUAUCUUAUGUUGGACAAGCUUAUCACAACUACAGAGAAUAUAUUUCGGAGUGGUCCUUGUUAGCUAUGGGAGGCAAUACAAGCUCAACCGACAUGAACCAACGCAUAGUACCAGCAGGCACCUGGAAUGACAAUACCACUCUUCGAGGGAGUUGGAUUCAGGAGCAAGAUAUGGUGGAGAUAUCCAAAAAGCAUAGCAGAAUGAUCAAUAAUGUCACCGCAGCAAUGCCGCAUGCGGGAAUUAUUGCAGCAUCUCGUCAUCCUCGCAACUCACUCCGACAACCAAGUGACUUCAACGGCCUUGGAGAAUUUGCCCUUAGGGCCGCGGUUGUUUCACCAGUUGUUAACGUGCUCUGUGCGGGCUUGACAAGGGAAGAAAUAGCGCCCCUCGUCUAUAAUGAAUGGCCCGAGGUCAAUGGAAAAGUUAAUGUUUCAACUUGGCUUAGCGCUCCCCCAGAAGGGCUUUGGGGUGAGGGGGAGAGAUGGAAUAAGACUGUGGUCGACGAUAUAUUCGAGUUCGGCGAUCACAAACUUCCGCCUAUCUUUCCAAAGCUUCCAAUUGCCUACAACACAUUAGUAAAUGGCACUCUGAGGUUCUAUAUAAGAGACUCUCUGUAUAUUUUACUGGCCUCUCCGCCAUACAUAACCGAUCCCCCAUACGCCCUCUGCGCCAUCAAAGCUGGUCUGACGACGCAAUGCUCGACUAUUUACCAUGCAACCGCCAGCGGCGGGAAUCUAGCUGCUACAUGCGAUGAUCCACACGACAACAUGCGCUACAACAAGGACAAAAAGGAUAUACCUCUUAUUGAGUGGGACGAGAACUGGGAAGAUAUGAGCACCGAAUGGGCCAAUUCCCUCAGCCUCGGCGCGGGUAUUACAGACGGGCAAGCCAGCAACGCUCGACUACUAACCCAGUUGAUACCCCCCUUGGAUCCGAAAACCAACACAUAUUCCCUCAGCGAGACCAUGCCAUCUGUAGCCGAAGCAUUCGCCGCAAUGGCUGCUUCAACAUUGCUUAUGUCAACGGAGGGUGCCAAUUUCGACUUCGCACGCCCCGAUCCGGCGACACUGCCCAAGGAUCAAACUUUUAAAGUUGCCUUACGCGUCAGCGACUAUGCUUCCGGCGGUGUGCAAAGGUGGCAAGGCAUCUUCUACGUGGUGCUUGUUCUCGUCUUCUUGACAAAUCUAGUGUGCUUAGGCUACAUGUAUCUGGAAAUCAGGGGUGAGCAGUUGACGGAUUUUACAGAGCCGCAGAACAUGUUUGCGCUUGCGCUCAACAGUCCCGGCAGCACGAAGCUGAGUGGCGCGUGCGGCAUAGGACCUGUUGGGAACCAGCUGUCAGAACGAUGGAUCAUCGGGAUGGAGGAAAACCACGAACACUAUUAUAUCACCAGUAAGGAGGAAAAAGCGGAGAUGCGGAAGCGAGCACUUUUGGAGGAGCACUUGAAUCCCACGACCAGCCCCGCGGUUAAGGAAUAUCGGCGCAUUUCACGCAACCGGAGUUCGAUUUCGAUGUUUCAUUGA